AUCAGAUGUCGAAAGUGAUUAGAUAUGUUCAUAUUGAAGGUGAUUCUCUUGAAGUAAGGGAAUCUUUCUUGUGUUUCUUUCCUAUUGCUGGAAAAACUGCAAAUGAGCUCACAAAGGACAUCCUGAGUAAUGUGGAGAGUGAUGGACUGGACAUAAACUUUUGCCGCAGUCAAGGAUAUGAUAAUGCUGCAACUAUGGCUGGUAUUCAUGGAGGUGUUCAGAAGAAAAUCAAAGAAAUAAAUCCAAAGAAGUAUUUGCAAACACAAGGAAUAAGUCUUGAAAAGUGCACUGUAAAGCUCAAUGGUUUGAAAUUGUUUCUUCGAGGUCAGCGGAAUGAAAUUGUGGAGAGAGCGAUUCAAUAUGCAACUACACAAUGUGAAGAAAUGGGCAUCUCCAUGGAAACAAGAGGGAGGAUAAGACGUAAGAAAAUGAUGCCAGGAGAGGUGGCUAGGGAUGCUGGACUGACAAUGGAAGAGGAAAUGAGGAGAUCAAUGUUUGAAUGUUUAGAUCGAUUUAGUCUAGAAUUGGAUGCUCGUUCAGAGGCCAUGGAUAACAUCUUGUCAAUAUUUGCAGCUAUUCAGCCAAGCUACUUGCUUUCUGCAAAAGAAGAACAACUUCAGGGGAGUAUUUCAAAUUCAAGCAUGACCAAGAUUUUUAAUGAAAUUUCUGAUGAGGAUGUCAUGGUAGAAAUUAUGCAACUUCGCAGACACAUGGAGGCUGCCAAAAUCACACCCGAAGAAGCAAAUAAAUGGACAGUCUUGCAGUUCCUGAAGUUUAUUGUCAAAUGGGACUUUUGUGAAACCUUGCCAAACUUGUCAUUCUGCCUGAGAUUCUUUUUAACAAUAUGUGUGUCUGUUGCAUCAUGUGAAAGAAGUUUCUCUAAACUGAAACUCAUCAAGAAUUAUCUUCGUUCUAACAUGACUCAG